AUGUGGCAGCAAUUUUGCAUAUUAAGUUUAGUGCUUGCCACAGUUCGUGCAGCAGGCGAGCUAAAGGUGCUGAGCUGCCCCAAGUCGCUGAAAUUUGAAGGACAUGAUGCGCUGCAGAGCUGGAACGUGGGCGAUCUGCUGGUGGCGGCGCAAGGCAAUGCGGUGACUAGCGAUUCCGAAUGGAUGGGUCUGGCUAUAGUGGAUCCCUUUAGCUUGGCUAACAUGGCGGUUGUGGUGGUGCAUGUGAAAGGCAUUCAAAGUUUGCGUGGUGUGAAUAAGAGCGCCAGCUUUGAGCUUAUAGGCGCAGACUCUGGCGACGCUUUAGAUGCUUUGGUAUCGGAGCUGCUUUGGGCGAAUGAAACGAUCAAUGAGUUUAACUUUGACAAGCGUCAAGGCGCCAUUGCAGCUAUGCAGCGGCAUUACAAGCAAAAGAAACUGCAGCUGCCUAAGAGCAAGAAGCCCUUGAAGCACCUAACGCCAUCCCAAUAUCAAUCCCACAGAUUAUUUCUAGCAGAUCUGCAGCAUAUCAAUCUGCUGAGCAGCAAUCUAAGCACGUUAAUUCAACCCUCGCAGAUGCUUAUUGUGCGUAUCUCUUUGGAGCAGCUGGUCAAGUCCUCGCAGAAUGAAUUAAUCAAUGUGCAGGAAGCUAAAGAGCUGCUGUUGGCCGCCAUUAAUCGUCUGCUGAUUGCAGCUCGCAAUAGCAGCGACUCCUUGCUGUUUGUGCUCAUCACGGACAAGCAACUGAAGUCGAAUGAAUUCGCAAAGCGCAAACGCAAGCCGGAUGAAAAUAAUCCUUUUGAUAUGGAUGAAAAAGCUAAUGGCGACACUCCCGUUAUAUUCAACAUUAUCUUGUGGUUUAUGGUUGCCUUUGUGCUAUCUCUCGGCUUUAUAUGUUAUACUGUUGCCACCAUCGAUCCCGGCAGGAAUUCGAUCAUCUAUCGCAUAAGCAAUGUGAAUAUCGAUGUGAAGAAAAAUGCUUAG